AUGCGUUAUACUCUUGAACUUAUCUUGUCUAUUCAAACUAUAGCAGUAUGUUUAUAUGCUACGGUACCUCAAUAUAUCUUUCGCUAUUUUUUCCUAAUAUAUAUUAAUAACUCCACGCAUAAUAAUACACUUCACGAUGCACAACAAGAAUGUCAUUCUAAAUCGGAUCCAAUAUCGGAUGCCCAUACAUGGGCACAAAUUCAGUCAGCUCAUCUUCAAUUUUGGAUGAAUAUUGCCAAUGGGAUACCAUUAGUGAUAAUGACAUACAUAUUGGGCGUAUGCACAACAAAAUUUCAAAAAAAAAUUAUUCUCGUUAUAUCCUUCUUUGGCAACGUCAUUCAAGUUAGCUUCUGGUUACUUUUCGCUUAUUUUAAUCUUCCUUUGUAUAUCUGGUUUAUUUCAUCAUUUUUACAAGGCUUUGGUGGCGGUUCAGGUAUAUCUCAAUUAGUUGUAAGUUUAAUCAUUAUGGAUACAACAUUAGAAAGUGAAAGAGGAUUUCUGUCUAUUCGUUUGGCGGCUUUAUGUGGUUUGGUAGCAGCUGUAGUUAAUUUACUCAGCGGUUUUUGGAUAGUCAACCAUGGGUUUAAAUUACUUUUUUGGUUAGCAUUAGCUGCACAAUUAAUAACAAUUGUUCUCUCACUCGUACUCAUCAAAGAAAGUUCUCCAUCACUUACAACGACUGAUGAAGAAACAAAACGAUUAAUAAAUGAUCCUCCUCAUAUUACUAAACGCAAAAAUACCAUUAGCAUUUAUCUAACUUUGAUAUCCUAUUUGUUCUUUUUAUUAGCAGUUCUCUCAUUAACAGUACCAUACUUGUAUUUUCUACAGAAUGCACCCUUCUGUUGGAUGUCAAAAGAAAUUGGCAUUUAUAGUACGGUAAGUGCUAUUACCACAAGUAUAUUUUCGAUAAUUGGCAUGAAAAUAUUGACAUGGCUGAAUUCAACUGAUAUUAUGACGUGUAUCGUUAGUAACGUGUGUUUUCUAUUAUCAGCAUUUUGGACAGCUUUUGCCAAACAUAGUUGGCAAUUAUAUGCUGGUCUAGCUCUGACACCAUUCACAAGUUAUCAAGCAUCAUUAGCCUCCUAUAUGUUGCUGGAAUGGCUUGAACCGCAUCGAACAACUCAAGGAUUAAUUAUCGUCACUGAAAUUACUACGAUUAUUGCCGUCUUUGGUAAUUCAUUCUUUAUCUUUGUCUACGGUCAUACAGUGGCUUAUAUUCGAAAUUUUACAGUACUGUUAGCAGCAAGUCUUUGUGUCAUACCGCUUGUAUUAAACAUAUACUUGUAUGUGAUCAAUAAAACUAAUCGAUCAGCAAUGGUUGUCGAUUUUGUUGCUGAACCACCAUCAACCUCGAUAUUACCUCCGUUUGCAGUAGCUUUUAGUGAGGAUAACAGAGAAACAUCAUUGAUUGACGUUGAUCACAAUAGAUAUGAUAUUAUCGAUACUACAGCAAUGUCUUCAUUAACAACUGAACAAGAUCGAAAAUAUACACACAUAUUCAAAAUUGUUUUGACCGGUGAUUCAGGUGUAGGUAAAAGUCAAUUAUUAUCACGAUUUACAAAAAAUGAAUUUUCUUUGGGAACUGCAGCAACAAUUGGUGUUGAAUUCUCAACAAAAGAAGUACAAAUCAAUAAGGACACUGUUCGUGCUCAGAUAUGGGAUACAGCUGGACAAGAACGGUUUAAGGCAAUAACACAUUUGUAUUAUCGUAAUGCCAUGGGUGCAUUACUUGUAUUUGAUAUUCAAAGUCCUCAAACAUUUCAAAAUUUAGAUCGAUGGUACAAUGAAAUUCGUACACAUUCGGGCAAUGAUUGUAUAAUCAUCCUCGUUGGAAAUAAAUCUGAUCAACGUCAUAUCCGAGCAGUAAUGCCUGAUGAUGCAAGAAGAUUUGCAGAAGAACGAAAUAUUAAUUAUAUAGAAACAUCUGCUUUGAGUUCGACAAACGUUGAACAAGCUUUUCUUCAACUUAUACAAAAUAUUUAUCAAAACUAUAAACAACCUGGACCAGAAUCAUUAAAACCAGUUGAUAAAUCCAUCACUAUAUGGCCUUCGUAUUCCACGCAAACAAAAGAAUUUUCAUGUUGCUAG